AUGGGAAAACGAUACUUUCAUGCACAAAACUAUCGACGUCUAAAAGCAGAAUGUAUUCGCAAGAAACAGCUUUUUGUGGAUGUCCAGUUUCCGCCUACCAACAAUUCUCUGUUUCUGGGACCGGUUAAUCCAGAAAUUGAUAUCAUAUGGAAACGACCAGGUGAGAUCGUUGACAAUCCACAGCUGUUUGUUGAGGGUGCUACAGCGAAUGAUGUCACUCAAGGUAUACUCGGUAACUGCUGGUUUGUAUCUGCCUGUUCCGCGCUUACACACAACCAAGCAUUGCUCAAAAAAGUUAUACCAGAUGCCAUUGGACAAGAAUGGACGGACAAUAACAAUUACUGUGGUAUAUUCUGCUUUUGCUUCUGGCGCUUCGGUAAGUGGAUUGAAAUAGUUAUUGAUGAUUUAUUACCAACUCGAGAUGGAAAGCUGCUGUUCGCUCGAUCAAAAUCAUCUAAUGAAUUUUGGAGUGCUUUGCUCGAAAAAGCUUUUGCUAAAUUAUACGGUUGUUAUGAGAAUUUGGUUGGCGGUCAGUUAACUGAUGCAUUGGAAGAUAUAUCAGGUGGUAUAGCGGAAACAAUCAAUGUGCAAAAGCAGCUGAUGAGCGGUCAGAGUGAUUCCUCUAGAAAACUGUUUCAUACAAUCAAAGAAGCUUUUGAUCAACAGGCCCUAAUCGUCGCUGCCAUCGCUGUUAAAAAUAAGGAAGAGAUUGAAGAAACCUUGGAAUGCGGUCUAGUAAAGGGUCAUGCAUAUGCAGUCACAGCAGUGCGUUUCAUUGAACUGAAUGUCAAAAGUCGUUCAUCCUCAUUUUUCGCUACGGUAGACCGCCAGAUGAUGAUACGUUUGCAGAAUCCAUGGGGUGAAAAGGAGUGGAACGGACCUUGGUCUGAUGGAUCCCAAGAAUGGGAAAAGAUAACAGAUGCACAUAAAAAGGAACUCGGUAUUACGGUUGAGGAAGAUGGCGAAUUUUGGAUGCCAUGGAAUGAAUUUACCCGUUAUUUUACGGAUCUCAGCGUAUGUCAAACUUUCAAUACCUCGUUGUUCAACUUUGGCACUAAAUUUUAUGAAUGGAAAUUUUUCGGCGAAUGGAAAUCAAAUGGAGCGAAACAAGGCGCACGAAAUGAUCGAGCGGGUGGAUGUAUCAAUUUCAUGGCAACAUUUUGCUGCAAUCCACAGUAUCGAUUUGAUAUCGAUGUUGACGGUUCUGAAGUGCGAUUUUCAUUAACACAGAAAUUGAAGAAUGAGGGUGAGAAAAACCGUGAACCCCUGGUUACUGUUGGUAUGCAUCUGAUGAGAGUAGAAGAUAAUCGGAUCUAUAGAAUACAUCAGGCGAUAAAUCCUGAGGUAACAUCAGAUUAUAACUACGGUCGUUCAGUGUGCUUACACAUUCAGAAUUUGCGACAGGGACGUUAUAUUCUAUUUCCUACAACAUUUGCACCCCGCGAAUUCGCUAAAUUUUUGCUUCGAAUUUAUUCGGAACGAAAUGUCGCUCCUCGAGAACUCAAACGGGAUACACCCGGUCGAGGAUUACGUUCUUGUAAGAAAGUGAACUCUGUUGCUCGAAUUACUGUUGUUGGCGCGAAAUUGAAUAACAAAACUGAGGCAGUACGUACAUAUGUUAUUAUCAAUUGCGGUAAAGAAUCAGUACGAACGAGAACAGCUGAAGGUACCAAAGUCUUCUGGAACCAAUGCUUCAUUUUUUAUAGGAGAGGUAUGACUCACAAGUUUUCAAUAGAAUUAGUGGAAGAUGGAACAAUUCAUGGUCGAACUUUGGGUGUAGCACGCAUUAUGGAAAAUGUUGAUAAUGAUACGCGAUCUCUGGAAUAUGAUAUUGUUGAUGAAAAUCAUCCAGUUGCUACUCUAAGCGUUAUCAUACAAUCCUAUGAUGAUCCGAUGUAUUUAUGA